AUGACACAGCGCGACGCGGCCAGGCACAGGCUGGUGGUGCUGGUCAAGGACAAUGGCGAGCCUCCGCUGUCUGCCAGCGUCACGCUGCACGUGCUGCUGGUGGAUGGCUUCUCCCAGCCCUACCUGCCGCUCCCAGAAGUGGCGCCCGAGCGCGCGCAGGGGGACUCGCUCACUGUCUACCUGGUCAUCGCCUUGGCCUCUGUGUCAUCUCUCUUCCUCUUCUCCGUGCUGGUGUUUGUGGUUGUGAGGCUGUGCAGGAGGCGCAGAGCGGCGCCUCUGGGUGUCUGCUCUAUGCCUGAGGGCCACUUUCCUGGACACCUGGUGGACGUCAGCGGCACUGGGACACUGUCCCAGAGCUACCAGUAUGAGGUAUGUCUGGCUGGAGACUCUGGAACUGGCGACUUCAAGUUCCUGAAGCCCAUAUUCCCCAACCUCUAGGUUCCGGAGGCUGGGAGAGACGUUAAGGAGAAUGCCAACUGCAGAAGUAGCUUUGUAUUCAGCUAAUUGUUGUAAUUGUUUUCACAAAUUUUGGCGAACUUGCUAUUGCAACUUCUUUCUCUUAAAUAAUUCUAUUGAUGUUAAAGCACUCAUAACCACUGUUCCAUUCCUAUGCACAUUCCGGAUAGCUCUAAGUUUCUUCCUUUAAUGGCAUUACUCAUAGCAUUUAUAAUCAUAUCAAAUAUGUAUUUUCUCCAUAUUUAAUCU